AUGUCCCAACUCAAUAAAUGGAUGAUUGGGGGAAAGAUUUCAAGAUUGGUGGUGGUAAUAACCAGCAAAGAGACGGGCGAACACGUCGAGAGAUGGCAAUUUGAUGUCCACAUGACUAGCAAGUCGACCAAACACCGAUCAUCAAAGAAGGCGUCGGAUAAGGAGAAUACCGCACCAGAGGAUUCUACGCCAGCACCAGCAGACCCGGAGCCUGAGAAGACUGAAGCCCAGAUCCAGGAAGAAAUUCAAGCCAUCUUCCGCCAAAUCACAGCAUCAGUAACAUUUCUGCCUAUACUCGAUGGUAAUUGUACGUUCAAUGUCCUUGUCUACGCAGAUGCAGACUCAGACGUGCCUAUUGAAUGGGGUGAUAGCGAUGCGAAAGAGAUCAAGAAUGGAGAAAAGGUCCAGCUCAGGAGUUUUAGUACCAGUAAUCACAAGGUGGACACGAUGGUCAGCUAUAGACUGGCGGAGUGA